AUGGUGAGAGAGAGGUUGACAAAAGAAGACGAGGAAAACAUCGACAUAAUCCUGAAUCCAUAUCCCCUGGCCACAGAAAACACUCUGAAAGGAAUAGAUGCAUCUAAUGACCCUGAGGUUCGCAACGGGCUUGUAAACGAUCUUUCUGUCAUCCUGUCAAACUAUGCAGCAGCUUUGAACCCAAAGGUCCAAGAGAAGUUCCCAAAGCUAGUUGGCCUGCUAAAGGACAAAGACAUAUACAACGCUAGUGCCUUUAUGUUAUCUGAUGCAUGCAGGCAUAUGGAAGACGUCCAAAAUGCAUUUAGAGCCCUUGGGGUUUUUGAGCUUCUAGACUUCACCAUAGAUCAUUACAGAGCAACCACAUCCUUAGUAUAUUCCCUGUGCAUGGAGAACAAACCAAAUACAAUAUACUUCCUUGAGAAGUAUUAUAAUGAGGAGCGGGACAAGAAUAGUACAUUGAUGCAGAACGUUAAGGACCAGUCUUUCUGA